AUGCCAGAGUCCGAAAACGCAAUGCUUCUGAGGCCGCGGCCGGCCGUGGCACAGCUUUGCUCGAAAAUCCAAAAAAAACCAAGAAGAAAAACUCAAAACGCCCACAAAUCUUUUAAAAAAACCCAUAGCUACCAUAGGUACCAUGGAUACCAUGGAUACCAUAAAUACCAUAUAUACCAUAGAUACCAUAGAUACCAUAAAUACCAUAGAUACCAUAGAUACCAUAGAUACCAUAGAUACCAUAAAUACCAUAGAUACCAUAGAUACCAUAGAUACCAUAGAUACCAUAGAUACCAUAGAUACCAUAAAUACCAUAGAUACCAUAUAUACCAUAGAUACCAUAGAUACCAUAAAUACCAUAGAUACCAUAGAUACCAUAGAUACCAUAGAUACCAUAGAUACCAUAGAUACCAUAGAUACCAUAGAUACCAUAGAUACCAUAGAUACCAUAGAUACCAUAGAUACCAUAGAUACCAUAGAUACCAUGGAUACAAUAGAUACCAUAGAUACCAUAGAUACCAUAUUUCCAGGACCAACUCUACUGUCCAAAACCCACGUCGUCAAUAA